CUACCUCCCCCAAAUGGCCAUAUCCCAUUCUCAUAUUCUUCUGAUCAUGAUCACUUGGCUGGCUAUGUCACUAUUACAUCUUCUUCACACCAUUGGCAGCCACUAUUUCCAUUUUCCACUAUAAAUCAAGGUAAUAUUUAUAACAGGCUAGCCAGGUUUAUAGCUACUUGACCCUCCAAUGGCAGGCAUAACGUCAAGUCUUUCAAUGCUGCUCCUUCUCAGCUUCGCCUCCAUUUUGCUUAUUGGUCGCUCAACUUCUCAGAAGGACCGAAAGGCUUAUAUUGUGUAUAUGGGUAAUAAGAGGGACGAGGUUUCCACAUCAUCCCUUUACACAAGCAUGUUACAAGAUGUCAUUGGCAGCCAUAUUGGUCCAAUAUCUUUACUCUAUAGCUACAAAAGGAGUUUUCAUGGAUUUGUGGUGGAGCUAACCGAGCAAGAAGCUCAAAAAAUGGCCGGAAUGGAUGGCGUAGUGUCGGUGUUCCCUAACCAAAAGAAAGAGCUCCAUACAACAAGGUCAUGGGACUUUCUUGGCCUUCCAAUUCCAAAGCAAGUGGAUGGAAAAACUAUUGAAAGCAACAUCAUCAUAGGAGUCUUUGACUCUGGAAUUUGGCCGGAGUCUGAUAGCUUUAAUGACAAGGGAUUUGGUCCACCACCUAGCAAAUGGAAGGGAAAGUGCCAAGCCUCAACUAAUUUCACUUGCAACAAUAAAAUCAUUGGAGCAAGAUAUUACCGUGGCAAUAAACUUUUUGAAAAAGAAGAUAUUCAAUCUCCAAGAGAUUCAGAUGGCCAUGGGACACAUGUCGCAUCAAUAGCAGCUGGGAACUUAGUUAACAUGGCAAGCGUACAAGGCCUUGGCUUGGGAACAGCACGAGGAGGGUUUCCAUCAGCACGAAUUGCUGUGUACAAAGUAUGUUUUGGUGGCUGUUAUGAUGCAGACAUUCUUGCAGCAUUUGAUGAUGCCAUUGCUGAUGGGGUAGACAUUAUAUCUGUAUCACUUGGUGGAUCUGCUAAGAGCUAUUUUACAGAUGUAGUUGCCAUUGGUGCCUUUCAUGCUAUGAGAAAUGGAAUAUUGACAUCAACUUCUAUUGGUAAUGGGGGUCCAAAUUUGGGAACCAUCUCAAACUUCUCCCCGUGGUCUCUUUCUGUGGCUGCAAGCACCAUAGACCGAAAGUUCUACACCGAGGUCCGAUUAGGUAACAACAAGAUCUAUGAGGGAAUUUCAAUUAAUACAUUUGAUCUCAAGAAUAAAACGUAUCCAAUAAUCUAUGGUGGAGAUGCACCAAACAAGAAAGCAAAUGUUGACUCAUCCAUUUCCAGGUAUUGCGACGAUGAUACAUUAGACAAAAAAUUGGUGAAAGGUAAAAUUGUACUUUGUGAUGUUGAGACUGAAGGGACUGGGCAACUCUCAGCCGGUGCAGUAGGUACUGUGAUGCAAGGCCGACGCCCUAGUUCUGCUUCUUUUGCGUUCCCAUUGCCUGCAGCUUACGUUAGUUUGGAGGAUGGUGGCAACGUUUACUCCUACAUGAAUUCGACAAGAAGCCCAACUGCGACUAUCCUUAAGACUAAUGAACGUAAAGAUCCAUAUGCUCCUUACGUAGCUGAAUUCUCAUCUAGAGGUCCCAAUCCAGCUUCACAUAACAUUCUCAAGCCUGAUUUAGCUGCUCCUGGAGUCGAGAUUGUAGCUGCAUGGUCUCCAAUUUCCCCGAUUUCCGAUGUCAGUUCUGAUAAGAGAGCAUUCUCAUAUAAUAUAAUCUCAGGGACAUCAAUGUCUUGCCCUCAUGGUUCAGGGGCGGCGGCCUACAUCAAAUCCCUCCAUCCAACAUGGUCACCUGCAGCUAUCAAAUCUGCUCUUAUGACGACUGCUGUCCCCAUGAGUCCUGAAGAGAGCUCAGGAGCUGAAUUUGCAUAUGGUGCAGGCAAUAUUAAUCCACAUAAAAGUGCAAAUCCUGGUUUAAUAUAUGAUAUUGAUGCACUUGACUACAUAGCUUUUUUGUGUGGACAAGGAUAUAGUACAAAGUUAUUACAAGCUGUUACUGGAGACAGUAGUAGUUGUACCAAAGGUACUAAUGGAAAAGUUUUUGAUCUAAACUAUCCUUCAUUUGCUCUAUCCACAUCAUCCUCAAAUUCUAUAAGUCAUGUUUUCAAUCGAACAGUCACCAAUGUUGGAACAUCAACAUCUACAUACAAAGCUAAAGUAAGUGCCCCACCUGGACUUAGUAUCAAAGUGAACCCUAGUGUUCUAUCAUUUACAUGUCUUGGUCAAAAGCUAUCGUUUACACUUACUAUUGAAGGAACAAUAGAUAGACAGAUAGUCUCUGCUUCUUUAAUCUGGGAUGAUGUUACAUUUCAAGUGAGGAGCCCCAUUGUUGUGUACGCAUUUUGACAUUCUAUAUAUGGAACAUGUAUUACCAAUAUUAAUAAAGCAAAAGCUUUGGUUUCAAAAAUAAAA